AUGAAGACAAGGAAGAGUCCUAGCAAACGUGAUGACUUGUCCAGCCAUCAUACGCAGACUGUGAACUUCAACCAGGAUCCACAACCUCCUCAACCCCAAACCACCCACACUGUGGACACUGGGAAGACAACUGUGGAUAUCCUGAAUGAAAUCUCUCCUCCCUGGGAAUUUAUGAAGAAGCAAAACAUCUCCAGUGCUCCUGCUUCAAGACUAGAUGUUAUGCGCCUCCAGGAACUCCUGGACACAAAGCUGAAGCAGAGGCAGGCCAAGGAAAGAGGCAUCUGCCCUUUCCGCAGGGAGCUCUAUUCCCAGUGCUUAGAUGAGCUCAUUCGACAGGUGACCAUCACAUGUUCUGAGAGGGGUCUGCUGCUGUUGCAGAUUAGAAAUGAGAUUCAAAUGACGUUGGCUGCCUACGAGACACUGUAUGAAAGCGGUGUGGCUUCUGGAAUGAGGAAAUACCUGCAGGCUGAGCAGGGCAAGGUUGACAUGGAGAAAAGGAUUUCUGAUAUGGAGAAUGAGAUACAAGACCUCAGGGAGGAAUUGGAACAACAGAAAGAUAAAUGUGACGAGAUUGAAAGGAACGCGAACGAAAAGCAAGAGUGGGAGAACGAGAGGCUCACAGGGGAAAUAGACUCCCUCAAGAGAGUCAGUGAGGAUCUUAAGGUGAGAAAACGUGCUGUUCUUCAGAUCAAGCAUCAGUAG